CCUUCUGUUCAGGAAACUUGAGCUCCCAGGCAGCCUGGGUCCAGUUGGUGGCCAUGAGAGGUAGGGGUCUGGCCCUGUGGAUCUCAAGCUGAGGGCUUUCUGAUGGACCUGGGGCCCUCUGCUUUGCAGCUUCAAGAGCUAUGAUGGCAGUCAACAAGGACCCAACGUUGCUGGAGGGAGACCUCCCUGAGCAGGAGAACGUGCUGCAGCGGGUCUUGCAGCUGCCGGUGGUGAGUGGCACCUGUGAGUGCUUCCAGAAGACCUACACCAGCACCAAGGAAGCCCACCCUCUGGUGGCCUCUGUGUGCAAUGCCUAUGAGAAGGGCGUGCAGGGCGCCAGCAGCUUGGCGGCCUGGAGCAUGGAGCCAGUGGUCCGCAGGCUGUCCACCCAAUUCACAGCUGCCAACGAGCUGGCCUGCCGAGGCCUGGACCACUUGGAGGAGAAGAUCCCGGCCCUCCAGUACCCUCCUGAAAAGAUCGCCUCUGAGCUGAAGGACACCAUCUCCACCCGCCUUCGCAGUGCCAGGAACAGCAUCAGCAUGCCCAUUGCCAGUACCUCAGACAAGGUCCUGGGGGCUGCUCUGGCUGGCUGUGAGCUUGCCUGGGGUGUGGCCAAAGACACUGCUGAAUAUGCCGCCAACACCCGAGCUGGUCGGCUGGCCUCUGGAGGGGCCGACUUGGCCCUGGGCAGUGUUGAGAAGGUGGUUGAGUUCCUCCUCCCUCCAACCAAGGAAGAGUCAGCCCCCGCUCCAGGACACCAGCAGGCCCAGAAGCCUUCCAAGGCCAAGCCAAGCCUCAUGAGCAGGUUUGGGGCCCUGGCCAACACCCUCUCUGAACACACCUUCCAGACCAUGGCCCAGGUGCUGAAGCAGGGCCACACCCUGGCCAUGUGGAUCCCGGGUGUGGCGCCCCUGAGCAGUCUGGCCCAGUGGGGCGCGUCAGCGGCCAUGCAGGUGGUGUCCCGGCGGCAGAGUGAGGUGCGGGUGCCCUGGCUGCAUAGCCUCACCAGCACCCCGGAGGAGGACCACGAUGACCAGGCGGACACAGGCGGGGAGGAGACGGAGGAGGAGGAGGAAUCCGAGACCGAGGAGAGCAAGCUCAGUGAGGGAGCAGCCCUGCCCAGCCCACAAGGCUUUCUGGGCAGUGUGGCACAUGCCCUGCAGAAGGCCUUCCAGGGCACCAUCAAAGCGGUGACUUGGGCCCCUGUGGCUGUGCUGGGCACCGCAGGGAGGAUGCUGCAUCUCACGCCAGCCCAUGCUGUCUGCUCCACCAAGGGGAGGGCCAUGUCCCUGUCCGACACUCUGAAGGGCGUUACUGACAACGUGGUGGACACGGUGGUGCACUACGUGCCGCUCCCCAGGCUGUCACUGAUGGAGCCCGAGAGCGAAUUCCGGGAUAUCGACAACCCGCCGGACAGGGGGGACCUGCCCGCCGCGCCGCGCCCGGCCUUCCCAGCCGUGCCCCGCGAGAAGCCCACGCGCAGGGUCAGCGACAGCUUCUUCCGGCCCAGCGUCAUGGAGCCCAUCCUGGGCCGCGCGCAGUACAGCCAGCUGCGCAAGAAGAGCUGAGUCCGCCGCGCCCCCGCCCUCCCGGCCCGGCCGGCGCGGA